AACUCUACGAAAAUACGGUAUCGCAGACGCGUUACAUAGAAACAUACCUUUAUAAUAAAAUACAUGUGCGUUUUUGUCGUGAUUUCAACACAAACUUUAAGAAGAACCGCCAAAUUAUUUUCGUAAGGAAAAAAUUUGAAUUAAAUAUAGUUUUUAAAAGUAAAAUAAUUAAAUAAUGGGUGAAAAUGUUCAUGGAACUUUUAUAUCAGAAAAACCAAGUAAAAUUCGAUGGAAGCCAGAAGAGUUAUUUGAAACACAAACAUUUCUAACCGGUAGUUGGGAUAAUGAAAUCAAUAAUAUUAAGUUAUGGACUUAUAAAGUAUCACAAGAAGAUCCUGAUAUUUAUCCAUUUGUUUUAAAAACAUUACCAUUUAAGGGCGAUGUCACCGAAAUUAAAUUUAUUAAUUCGAAUACGGCUGUUGUAUCGUCAUCAGAUGGUUACGCGAUAUUGAUUCGAGUUAAAAACGAUCAACAUGGAGGUUUUGAACUUGAAGAAAUAUCAAGAUUUUCGAAUCUACACUAUUUCAAUAAAUUUGAAUCGAGUCCAUGUACAGGGCUAUCCGUAUAUGAUGAAGAUAUCGUAACUGUUGGAGAAGAUGGUCGUAUUAAUUUACUUAAUGCUAGACAAAGUCGUCCUAUUCAAGUUAUUGAAAAUGCUGAUAGUUGUACAUUAAAAUGUGUAUGUUUUCUAAAACAUAACGAAGUACUAACCGGAAAUAUGCGAGGUCAAAUGAAAAUAUGGGAUAUUCGUGCAACACAAUCAACCAACACGCCAACAAGUACAUUCAUACUGAGUGAUGAAUAUCAUGGGGCCACAUGUGUGACAUAUCAUCCAACACAACGUCACGUUGUGUUAACGGGCAGCGAAGAUGGUUUAAUAAGUGUUUGGGAUUUACGCCAGAAUAUGUAUCCCGUUACCACACUGAAUGCACAUACACAAGCUGUUGCUGAAAUACAAUUUCAUCCAUCACAUCCAAAUAAAUUGUUUAGUUGUUCGAUGGGCAGUGAAUUAUGGGCAUGGAAUUCAAAUUCUAAGUAUAUUACGAAUAAUAUGUUGAAUAUGACACAAAUAUCGGAUGAGAAUAUAUGGUUGAAUGCGGAUUUAAGUAAAGAUAAAUUGGAAAUAUUAUCUUUAAUGCCUAAUUUAAAUUUACCAAUGAAUUCAUUGGAUGUGAAUCGUGAUAAAGUUUUAUGUGGAUGUGAUAAUGAGGCUAUUUAUGUAAUUAAUAAUAUUGAAUAUUAAAUUUGAGAUUCAU